AUGACAAUGCAAAGAAUGAACAUGCCAACUGCAACAUCUACGUCGACGAAAUACAAAGCGACGACGGAUCAAACAUAUUACGCAGUUUUAAAACCCUAUAGACUGUCGUUCUCGUUAUCUUGUUUCUUAUUGUUUCAACAGAACAUUAAACAUCGACGAGCGAGGCAUGGAGCAAGCUGGAAUCUCGAUAAUACAGACUGGCGGAAUCACCGAGACCACGGUGGGAAAAUCGAAAAGCGUUGGCAUCUCGUUCAGUUCGAGCUCCGGCCUACAGGCUGCCAAGGAGAAGCUGAAGAUGUCAUAAAGGUGCGUACUGGUUCUCCCCCUCCGGUGAAAGAAAAGAAAGUACACGGCGACGCGGCGUGCAUUUCAGGAAAUCAGGUGACCAGAGAUCUCGCCGAUCGGUCGGAAAGUGCAUCACGUGACAGUCUAGUGACAGGAGCUCGUACACGUCAAAAUUUGAAUACCUCUGCGGUGAACAAUAACCCGGAAGAUGGCUCCAUUCGAGCGGUCACGCGUCACAGCGGCAUGGCGCGAGAUAAUUGGCAGCCUAUUGUUUCAAGAUCAACUUCAAACCAAUGGUUAGAAACUCGAGAUUUUAUUGUGAGAAAAUAUCUAAAUCUGGUUCUUUCUCACGGUGACAAGAAAGAUCACGUCCACGGUGAGCAGGAUUUCGUUUGCUCGCAAGUUAGGUCAGAAAAACGUUGCCAGAUUGUAUUAAAUUUAAUCCAAUUUAAUCCAAUUUUAAAUCUGAGAGCUGAUAAUUGUUACAGGCAAGCAAAUUUUGUACAAGAUACUACGCAAAGUUGA